AUGAAUGGCGAAAUUUCAUGUGUUUAUGGAUUUGAGUAUCCAGCACGAACUUUAACUUCUUUAGCAUCUGAAUCAGAUGAUAUAACAUUUUUUAUUGGAACACAAUCUUUAAGGCAAAAAAAUAAAGUGUUUAAAAUUGAUUAUGAUGAGGAAAAUAACCUUAUAACACCUAUUAUCUAUAAUCACGAUGUAGGAGAAAUCUGGCAUAUAUCUUCAUCACCUUUUGAUAAAGAUUUAUUAGGCACAUGUUACAAUCAAAUACUUGAAAAUGAUAUAACUUUUAAUGUGUCAAGUAUUUGGAGAUUACAAGAAAACAUUAAAUAUAAUGAAGAAUUAGAUUCAAGUGAACAAUCAUCAAGCAAUCUAUUACACCUUACAUCAAUUAGAAAUCCUAAUGAAAGCAAUCAAAAUCUUGAAACAAUAUGCAUGAUAUGGCAUCCAUCUGGUUCAACUUCUCAAGUUAUAACAUUGUCAUAUGAUUCUAUAUAUCUCUGGGAUCUAAAUGUUAGUGAUUCAUCAACUAAGUUAAUAGCUUCCACUAUUGUGGAAUCCAAAUCUCCACCAGAAAUCAAGACUGGGAGAUGGAAUUCCAACCUGGAUUACAAUCAAAUGGCGACCGUGAAUGGCGUCUAUGUGCGUGGGUGGGACUUGAGAACCAUGAAGCAAACGUUCCUGUUAGACGCCGGUCCCAACAACACGCUCAGGAACGUCGAUUUCAACGCCAAUAGAAGUCACGUGCUCGCCACUUGCGGCGACGACGCCAAAAUCCGUUUUUGGGACGCUAGGAAGCCCGGAUCCGACCCUCUUCUAACGCUUUGCGAUCAUACUCAUUGGAUCUGGAGCGUUAGGUUUAACCCUUUUCACGACCAAUUAGUGUUGAGCAGUGGGAGCGAUGCCCGCGUUAUGUUGACGCGAGUAGCCUCUAUAUCAUCCGAAGCCGUCUUAUUGCUCAAUAACGACCAAUCUUCUCCCAGUGAUAAUAAAUCCGGUAAUCCCCCGACCACUCAAGACUGUGUUGUCAAGAAAUUUGACGAAGAACACGAGGAUUCCGUCUACGCUAGUGAAUGGUCCGCCUCCGACCCUUGGCAUUUCGCUUCCUUAUCCUACGACGGACGAUUUUGCGUCAAUAAAGUGCCCAAAUCGGAAAAAUAUCGCAUCAUUUUGUGACCUACAAUCCUAUUAAUAUAUUAUUACUGCUCAUAAAUACACCAAAUUUUUUAUAUCCAAAAUAACGCUUUAUCAAUUGAUGAUUCAUUUAAUAUGUAUGUUAGGAUAAAUGUGUUUUUUUCCGGCAAAAACCUGAUCCUUACCGGAAGUGUAUUCCAUCAUGUUACCCCUUUCAGACAAUUUUGCCACGAACUUUAGAAUUUAAUUAAAUUUUAUAUUAGAUUUUCCAUAUAUUUUUUAAUAUAAAAUUAUGAAUGACUCAAAGGUUAACAGUAAAAUUAUCUAUAAUUUCAUAAAAUAGGUAUUCCAAACAUGAUUGGAAUGUAUUUCCGAGUAAAAUCAGAUUUUUAAAUUUAAAGAAAAAACUCUCUGAUAAAUGAUUUAAAGUUGAAAAAAAUUUAACACGUUGACGCUAACAUAUAUAUAAUUUUCUCAUUAUUUUUUUGUAAGUUUAGGAUGAAGGUAUGCUGUUAUGAUAUUAUUAUUAUUUUUUUUAUAA